GGGAAGCGCCGAACUCUAGUUUGUAAAAGUUUUAUGUGGGACUAUGGCUAGCUGAUGAGCAAAAGAGAGUUUCUGUCGUAUUAGUCGCCUAGAUAACAGAUGGAUGACAUCAAUUUAGUACAGCACAGAUGCCUCCUGAAUCUGAGGCGUCGAAUCCGAGAUAUUGGGGAUGGUCGCCCCGCACAGGAACGAUACAUGAGGUUACAGAAGGACGAAGACACACUUAGUUACCAAGGGAACUCUGAGGAGGUGGGUUGCUAUGUGGCUGGCCAUCCUUUGUCAAAGGGAAAUUGCUACUUUGAGGUGACAAUAGUGGACACAGGGGUGAGGGGGACCAUUGCUGUGGGCCUGGUGCCUAAAUUCUACAGGCUGGACCACCAGCCUGGCUGGCUGCCACACUCUGUAGCUUACCAUGCAGACAACGGCAAGUUAUACAAUGGCAACCCCGUAGGGCAACAGUUUGGCCCAAAAUGUGCUCGUGGUGACCGCAUCGGCUGUGGGAUACAAAAUACUGAAGCAGGUUUUACAACUGUCUUUUUCACCAAAAAUGGCAAAGAGGUCGGUUCAGUAGAGGUUCCUGUGACGGCAGAAGGGCUGUUCCCCGCAGUAGGGAUGCAUUCUAUGGGGGAAGAGGUGAAGGUUGACCUUCAUGCUGAAUGGUUUCUGGGAGAUGAUGAAAAUAUGAUGGUUGAUAGCCAUGAAGAUGACUGGGGACGGCUUCACGACGUCAGAGUGAGCGGCACUCUCUUGGAGUAUGUUGGCAAAGGAAAGAGCAUAAUGGACGUAGGUUUGGCACAGGCCCGCCAGCCACUCACCACCCGCUGCCACUACUAUGAAGUGGAGAUCGUUGAUGCUGGGGAGAAGUGCUACAUUGCCCUGGGCCUGGCAAGAAGGGACUACCCCAGGAACAGACACCCGGGAUGGAGCCGAGGGUCAGUGGCCUACCAUGCAGAUGAUGGGAAGCUCUUUCACGGCAGUGGUGUUGGAGAUCCCUUUGGUCCUCAGUGCGUCAAAGGCGACAUCAUGGGCUGUGGCAUCAUGUUCCCACGAGACUACAUCUUGGACGAAGAAGGAGACAUGGAUGACUGGGAUCGACUGGAGGUCUGUUCGGAUCAUGCAUGCGUCCAGAACGUCCUGUACCUCAAUAACGAAGAGGAGGAAGAGGAAGAUGGGGAAGAGGUCGAGCAGGGACAAGAGGGGAGGAAGGUCAUGGUGUUCUUCACAAGGAACGGGAAGCUGAUGGGCCGGAGGGAGAUGGCGGUUCCUCCCGGGGGGCUCUACCCCACUGUGGGGAUGCUGAGCAGCGGAGAGAAGGUGAAGGUGGAUCUGCAUCCUCUCAGCGGAUGAGCUGAGAAUCAGGAACGGGCUUGUGAUGCCCUGCAAACAGCUGGCUGCACCGCAGAGCUCGCCUCUGGCAGCCUAGCAUGCUAACACUCACCACUCAUCUCAGCUACACGUCACCGUCGUCUUCCUCGACAUCACCCCGGCUUUUAAUCUAUAAGACUUUGACAUUUCACAGUCCAUCAUCAGAGACACAACCAAAGCUUCAACCUGGUUGUACAGUAGGUUUAGGUUACAUUGUGCAAAGUGCAGGAGAAGACGACUCUUGACACAUAUUUAACUGAUAAUUCUAUGCAACCUGCUGUGGUCUUACCUAACCUCUCUCUGCAUGCAGUGUCUCUCUGAAACACUCAGUUAUUAAAUCCCUCACAUGAGGUCUGGCACACUAUGUUAUUUGUCAUGACCCAAGCAAAGCAUAGCGAGGCCAACAGUUGUGCUGAUCCAAAGCUUGCUGGCAGUUUGUUUCAGGGAAUUACUUGCUCGCUCUCACCCUCCCUCUCCCUGUCCUGUGUCUGGGUGAGGCUGCCCUCCUGUGAGCGAUCGUGGCCCUGCCACUGCCCCACCUCGCUCGCUCCUCUCCCACAGCUGGCUGGAAGUGAACAAAUGCGUCUGUUUCAGUGCUGCGGAAAUGCAUCUACUGUGUUCACAGCUGAUUAUUGCAGAGGAUUGUGAGUUGGAUAAUCACAACCAAACCCAGGGUUCUGCUCCUGAGCAGCAGUAGAUUAGAUGGUCUUCUGUGGUUUCAGAUCAGGGCUAGGUUACACAUGUUGGGUAUGUGCUCUACAAGUGAUGUGGUAAAUACUGACGUUACAUUAUUCUGUGUCACAUGUUCAGGGAAUGUUUUGUUUUUGUUCUUUGAGAACAUCAGGUGGUUACUGGAAGGAUGUAGUGAAGACAUGCAGGCAGUGGUUGUACAAAAUAACAAACACCCUCCACUGUAAUACAGUCUGACACAUCACCACAAAGUAGAGCCAUACAAAUACAACCCGGGCUCUAUAAACACCUCUGAAAGUAAAAUUCAGCUUUACAAACCUCGUGCAGACAUCUCAGUCGCAGGGCCACUGUGUGAGAUUGCAUCAUACUGUAAUGUGUUGUACUGUAUUGUGACGUUUUGGUUUCCAUAUGGACUCGCUGCAUGUUUGCACUCAACACAAAGGAUUAGUUUCCAUCUUGUUUUUCUUUUCAUUAUUGGAAUGUGGUUUUUUGCAGACUGUUUAAAAAUGUUUAAGAGCAAAGACACUGAACAUCUGUUCAGAUUAUGUCCUUGCUUGUAUAGUGAGACGGUGACGCCCCCUCUGCGAUGCCCUAGAAUUAACUGCUGGAUGUUUUUUGGAGAUGAAGACUGCUGUUUGAUUGCAUCAUGUGGUUUUAACAAAACAAUGUACUUCUGCAUAUGUAGCCGCCAGCAGUUCAGCGACGUGCUGUUGUGGUGCAUCUGCGCAGCAUCAGGGGCUCAUAUCGCAAAGACAGAUGAUUGGGUUAGCCAGCUGCCUUUGGGUUGUGCUCAGGUUUUCUGCUAUCACAUAACUGGUUCACUCUUAGCCAGGUUAGAUCAUCAUGGCAACCUGUGGUGAAUGGAGAAACACCUAGUGAAAAACAGCUCAACUUCUGGCCGACCAGAUCACCAGGAAACGGAAUCUUCAUCUCUAUAAGAUGCAAGCAUGGGCGAAAGUACUGCAUUCACAGCGGGCAUUUUUACUUUUAUUUAAUUGUAUUAUUUAUAUAAUGGUACAGUAUCCCGUUUUGUCCAAUCAUCCAUCUAAAAUGCCAAAGUUAUUUUAUCAUAGCUUAAGACUAGGAGAAACAAAAACACAAUCACAACUGGGUAGUUUUAAAUUUUCGUAUGAAAAAUGAACCAAUACAUUGAUUAUUAAAGUGGCUGACACUUAAUUUGCUGUCAAUCAACUAAUCAGUUAAGAAGUUUUAGAUGAAUCAAACACAACUGUGGCUGCUCCAUUAAUCAUGUCUUGUUCAGGUUUCCCAGCGCCACUAGAGAAACUGCUGUUCUCUUAUGGCCAUCGGACUCCUGACAGCAACAGUAGAAGGCGGGCAGUGUGAAAGAUUGUUUUGUAACAUUUUUUGAGAAUGAAAUUUCCCUCAAACAGCAAAAGUAACCAUCAAGAAUUUUUGGUCCUGAUGCCGGUGCCUAUAUCCCACAUCCUCAUGAAUCGUUCAUAGGACAAGAUUGUGCAGUUCACGUCUGGUGAAUCUCUGAAUCGGACUGUGUAAGAUCUCUCUCAGCUCUGUUUGAAGCCACAAAUGGGUGGACUUCAUCUUCUGUCACGUAGGCAGGAGCGCGCACAAAGUCCUGUUCACACGCACUCAGAGCGGGAUUAGUAAAUGCCCGUUCUCCGUGUUCACUGAAGCAGGUGAACAGAGGAGAGUCGGACUGAAGGCCCUGAGCUGAAUGUGUGGCUGAAUGAGAAAUACCGUUGUCACGUUGUGUCAGUGGGAGCUGGUUUCCCCACAAAUGAUUCUAAAUAAUGGUUUUUAUUUUCCUUCUUUUUAAUGAUAACAUCGUUAUACUGUAUCAGAAGUUAACCAAACCAUUCAUAACGUUGGUCUCCUCCUUCACAUCUGUCCAACAUCAGCAGCCCUGUAUCUGUGAUGUGCAUUCCUCCUCAAGCAGCAGGUUUCUGUAGCAGUUCUGGCUUGUAGACAAACUGCAUCACUCAUAUGUUAGAAGUAUAGUGUGCUAUAAAAUGACUACACAGGGUUUACCUGUUAAAUCACAUCUGCUGGAGACUGGGUGUUUGUUUUUGUAGCUGUGGUUGUGCAUGUGUUUGAGCCACUGACCGAGGUGAAAUGAUCUGGAGUCAGUUUUUGUCUCCUCCAGGGCUGGAUAGACUUGAGUACAGGGUACUACGGCCUGAACUGUACAGCUUCAGCUAGACGGUGCAAAGAUAGGAAUGAAACACUGAUGUGGAGAGUUAAGCCACAUCUACCCUCAGGGUGUUAAAGUGACUUGUAUAAAAGUUUACUCAAUCUGUUUACAAAAAAUACUUUGGAGUAAAUUAGUUAUAUCUGUCUUCAGACAUGCUCAGACUCCUGUAGUCACAGUUCCUUAACUUCCUUACUCUGCUGGCCUUGAUCAAUACAUGUGAUCAUCAGUAAAGGUUUAUAAUGUAACCAACUUGUGGAUUGUUUUGAUUUUCAGUGUUCCUUUUAAAUAAAACUGUGCCUGAGUAGCUGGGUUUGUCUGAAUUUGGCCCCACUUUAUGAAAAAUCACUCAAUAUCUCAACCUCAAAGGGUUUAGAAGUUGAUGUUUUAAUGUUUAAAAGAUAUUUCACAGAUUCAAUUAUAAUAAGUGAAGCCUUUCAAGGUACCAAACCCCUGUUCUCUGUGCUGUUUGGUAACAAUGCUGUGAUAAAUGCUGGGACUUAUUAAAUGACUGUUUAGGGGUCUUACAUUUUCUAAUAGUCAUUUUAUAGGCUGCUACUGGACUGUUGCCCUAAUUUGGUUCAGGUAUUUGUCCCCUUCUGGAUGAACUGAAAUAACCUUGCUUUUCUUGUGACUUUCUAUGCAGCACCAUCAUUAGUAUAUUUCUUUUAAUUUUCUCUUAUGGAGAUUGUCCUUUUAAACUGGCUAUUUUUCUUUCUUGACAUUUUAGUUAAUUUGUGAAUGCUCUGUAGCACUGUUCCCAUCUUUAUCUUGGUAGAAAAAACAAGUGUAUUGUUGUACUGAAUGUAUUUUAAUCCCAAAACAACCAAGUCUAAUCAUAAACCCACUAAGUAAAGUGUCAGAGCUGUAUGGCUGUAAACUUUUUUUAAUACGUAGCAUAUUCCUAAAACUAAGCCGCGUAUGGAAAUAUUCCCAUGUAUCACAAGAUUAGCAGCACUCGCAUAUUUUGUCUACAACAGUUUAUUUGAACAGUAGCAAUCAAGGAUUUUUGAUCUUCUGGUUUUAAAAACAGCAUGUUGUUAAGAGUCUUGCUAAUGCAAACAAAGGAACCUUUUUGUUUAACAUGUAAAUACAGAAUGGCAGCUGUAAAGAAAGGGACAGGUUCAUUGUCCAUGGAAACUGUCAGAAACUAACCAAAUGGAUCAUUUUAAAAGAUGCAACAGAUAAAGGUGCCAGACUAACACACACAGUGGCUGCUUUUUAACUUGACUCCAUCAAGAGCUCAUGUAGUGAGGAGAGAUACGUUUGCUGUGACCUAAUAACAUGUAGUUUCAAGAGAUGAAGCAUCCGAUGAAAAUAGAAAAUUACAAAAGACAUCUACACAAAAAUAAAACAUCUAUCCUGCA